AUGGCAAAGGUUUUUGAUAAUAUUUGGGAAAAUAUAGUUGUAAUAGGAUUGGGAAUUUUGCCUCUGCUUUAGAAUUUGGCAAGUCUUAUGUGGAAGAAGUAAAAUAAGGGUUACAAUGCUGCCAGGUAAUAGUUCAAGGAGAAAAGAAAACUAUUCAUUCUGAAUUUAUGUUCCAUUUAUACAAAAGUAGCAAUCUUGAGUAUGUUCACACUUUUGUCAAUAUUGCAAAUAAUCAUCAAUGUUUAAUUCCAUUCAGAUUACGUUUUGAUAACAAUUAUAGAGUUUUGUUAGAUAAUAAAUUAUUUGUUGGCAGGAUUGCAAAUAUUUGAGGAUGCAAACAAGUAUGGAUAAACAACAUUUGCUACUCAACUCAACCUCAUAUUGUAAUUUUUCUGUUUUUGUGGAUUCGCUAUUGUCCUAUUUGCUUGGCAGAUAAAUAACAAAGAUAAAUUUGUAAUAAGACACGAAGACAUCAGUUGUUGGCUCAUGUUCAUUCUCAGAGGAAUAGCGCUCUUGCUACUAUCAGUCUUUGUGUUCUUCAUACCAUAAGACAAAAAGCUUCUCUAGACAGUAGUAUCAGAAUACCAAUACAAACUACAGAUGCUUGGCAAUGAAGAGGAGGUCUAGAUAAGGUAAUAACUAAUAGCCAACGAAUCCAAUUUCACAUUUUGUCAAUCAGGUGAUUAAUUGCAACAACAACACAUUACAGAUGUUGAAGUCAAUUCUUAUUAGGACAACAAAGACAUGAGUACAUAGCGAAAAUACAUUAUUUAUGAAAUUACUUUCAAGUAUUAAGGGAAACAUAAAAUAGUAUUUCGAUCCUUUAGUGAUUUUCUAACUUUUCACAGGGAUUUCACUUUAACAUACCCAUAACUCGAUCUACCCGUCUUCCCAAAGAUGACAAAAUACUUAACUUAAUAGGAUAUUGAUAAUCGGAGAAUACAAUUAGACUCCUUUUUGAAAGGAUUAGUGAAUUCAUUUGGCAAUAAUGAAUUGUUGUUGGAUUUUUUGAAUGCCACAGGAAAAACCCUACAAUACAAGGCCAAAAUACCGUUGCCUCAAUAACAACAGUAGAAACCAAAGAAGAUUGCCGCACAGUAAUAAUUCUCUAAAGCCAAAUCAAUUCAAAGUUUGAUUCCAGAGACUAUUUGGGAAGGACAAGAUGAUGAAGAUGAGGAGAGUAUCGAGGUAGACACAAGGAAAACAAAGAAGGCUUCCACUUAUGUGAAAAUACAGUUUGGAGAGGACAGACAAUAUCAGAGAUUUAACAGUUCUAGCAAUCUGGAUGAGGAUCGAAGAAACAUAGACUUUGAUAAGCCUUCGGAUGAUCAGAUAGGGUAUGAUUAAUCUGGGAAUGAUAGUCCUUUUGGGGAUGAGGAGGAGAAACAUUCGUCUCAAUUAUGA